CCUCUCUGCAGUAUGCAUGUUCGUCAGGGAAUCCGCGAAGCGCUCACGUUCCAGCAGUGUACUUCCCCGGCCAGAGACCAUCUACCAAAGAGCCGAGGAUAAUAAAAGUGGAUGUGGCAGACAGGAGGCGGAAAGCCCGGAGUGACCGGAGGAAUACACUAUUACUACAGGAAUACAGGCUGCCACUCUCCUCUGAACGUGGACAAUCAUGCAUGUGCUCUUCUGGGGCUUGGGGUUCCUGCUAUUCCCUGAUUUCUUGAAUGUGGUCGCAUCUACGGGGAAAUUGCUUUUGAACUCAAGCACAGUAAAAGACCAGAUCGGCGUUUAUGAGAUUGUAACACCGGUGCGGGUGAAUGAAGCCGGUGACAAGUUUCCAACCAGUGUGCACUUCAAGAGAAAAAGACGAAGUUUGGACGACAGCACUGGGAAUACUACGGAUCACUGGGCCUCGCCAAAUAUUCACUACAGGAUAUCUGCUUUUGGACAGAAUUAUCACCUCAAUCUCACGCUGGAUUCGGGAUUUAUCGCCCCUCUUUACACUGUGACAGUACUUGGAGUACCCAGAGGAGAUAACAUAACGGAUUUUGCAACAGAUGGGGAGGUAGAGGAGGAUGAGGAGGAGGACACGGAGUUAAGGCACUGCUUCUAUAAGGGACAAGUAAAUGCAGAAGCAGAACAUGCCGCGGUCAUCAGUUUGUGCUCCGGACUGCUUGGCACUUUCAGGUCUCCAGAUGGGGAGUAUUUUGUUGAACCCCUACACAGCUAUCAAGGAGAAGACUAUGAAGAGGAACACACAAAACCUCAUAUUGUAUACAGGAAGAGUGCACCCAAGAAACAAUCAUCUGGGGAGAACUCAGCUUGUGACACUUCAGGACACAAACAGAGACAGAAGAGACAAAAGCUUAAAAGAAGGCAAGUGGCUGGAGUGACCACUGUGUCCAACGCAGCCCCUGUGGUCAGUGCGGGUAUAUUCAGUGACUUGGAGUCACUGAGUGCCAGCCUCGCCAGCGAUCCUCUGCUCAGAUCACAGAGCGGCAGUUCUAGCGCUCGACCAUCAAAUGAUAGCAGCGGUGACUCAGGACCUCACAGGAGAUCAAAGCGCUUCCUCUCCUACCCGCGCUUCGUUGAAGUCAUGCUGGUGGCAGACAGCAAAAUGGUUGAGCAUCACGGCAGCAAUCUACAGCACUACAUACUCACAUUAAUGUCUAUCGUAUCCUCGAUCUACAAAGACCCCAGCAUUGGCAACCUGAUUAACAUUGUGAUUGUAAAGUUAGUAAUAAUAAACAAUGAGCUGGAAGGUCCAGUGAUUUCUUUUAAUGCACAGACCACUUUAAAGAACUUCUGCAUUUGGCAACAGAGCCAGAACAUCCUGGAUGAUAACCACCAUUCCCAUCACGACACCGCCAUCCUCAUCACCAGGCAGGACAUCUGUAGAGCGAGGGAUAAGUGUGACACCCUUGGACUUGCAGAGUUGGGGACCGUGUGUGAUCCAUACAGGAGCUGCAGCAUAAGUGAGGAUAAUGGACUCAGCACUGCAUUCACCAUCGCCCACGAACUUGGCCAUGUGUUUAACAUGCCUCAUGAUGACAGUAAUAAGUGUAAGGAGGAUGGAGUUAAGAUUCAGCAACAUGUGAUGGCUCCCACUCUGAACUACAACACAAACCCCUGGAUGUGGUCCAAGUGUAGCAGGAAGUACAUCACAGAGUUCCUCGACACAGGGUAUGGUGAGUGCUUGCUCGAUGAGCCCGUUUCUAGGCCAUACAGUGUCUCACAGCAGCUGCCUGGACGCGUAUACAAUGUCAAUAAACAGUGUGAGUUGAUAUUCGGGCCGGGAACGCAGGUGUGCCCCUAUAUGACCCAGUGUAGGAGGCUGUGGUGCACCAGUCCUGAGGGAGCUCAAAGAGGCUGCAGGACCCAGCACAUGCCUUGGGCAGACGGCACUGACUGCUCCCCUGGAAAGCACUGCAAACAUGGCCUGUGUAUAGCCAAAGAGCAUGACGCUGCACCUGUGGAGGGGGCAUGGGGAGUUUGGAGUCCUUUUGGUACCUGUUCGCGAACGUGCGGCGGUGGAAUCAAGAUUGCUGUGCGCGAAUGCAACCGACCCAUACCCAGGAAUGGAGGGAUGUAUUGUGUUGGUCGCAGGAUGAAGUUCCGUUCCUGUAACUCUGAGCCCUGCUCCAGGCAGAAGAAAGACUUCAGGGAGGAGCAAUGUGCAGCUUUCGAUGGCAGGCACUUUAACAUCAACGGUCUACCUCCUAAUGUUCGCUGGGUACCCAAGUACAGUGGAAUCCUGAUGAAGGACAGGUGUAAGCUGUUCUGCAGGGUGGCCGGCAGCACAGCCUACUAUCAGCUCAGGGACAGAGUCAUUGAUGGCACACCCUGCGGACCCGAUACCAAUGACAUCUGUGUCCAGGGCCUGUGUAGGCAAGCAGGCUGUGACCAUGUAUUGAACUCUAAAGCCAGAAGGGACAAGUGUGGGGUGUGCGGAGGCGACAACUCUUCCUGCAAAACGGUGGCAGGCACCUUUAACAUUGUCCGCUACGGCUAUAAUGAAGUAGUACGAAUACCCACUGGUGCUACAAAUAUAGAUGUGCGUCAACACAGCUAUUCAGGGAAACCGGAGGAUGACAACUACCUCGCCAUAUCAAAUAGCCGUGGAGAGUUCCUGCUUAAUGGGGAGUUUGUGGUCAGCAUGUUCAAAAGGGAAAUCAAAGUGGGAAAUGCUGUCAUAGAGUACAGUGGCUCUGACCAUGUCGUUGAGAGGAUCAACUGUACUGAGCGCAUUGAGGAGGAGAUCAUUGUCCAGGUGCUGUCUGUGGGGAACCUUUACAACCCAGAUGUCAGGUACUCCUUUAAUAUCCCCAUAGAGGACAAACCUCAGCAGUUCUUCUGGGAUGCCUAUGGGCCCUGGCAGGAGUGCAGCCGUCUGUGCCAAGGAGAGCGCAAGCGGAAGAUUCUCUGUAGCAGAGAGUCUGACAGGGUGGUGGUGUCAGACCAGAGGUGUCACGGUACAGCUAGACCCACUGUCAUCACUGAGUCUUGCAACACUGAAUGUGAACUCAGGUGGCAUGUGGCUCGUAAAAGUGAGUGUACUGCCCAGUGUGGCCUGGGAUAUCGUACCCUGGAAAUUUACUGUGCCAAAAUCAGCCGUGCCGAUGGGAAGACCCAGAAGGUUGACGACCGUUACUGUAGUGGUCAGCGCAAGCCUGAUGACAAGGAAGGCUGCCAUGGAGACUGCAAUCCGGGUGGCUGGGAGUACUCCUCUUGGUCAGAGUGCUCCAAGAGCUGUGGUGGGGGAACCCGCCGUCGAGGGGCAGUGUGCCGAAAGGCAUCUGACGCUGGCGGCGAUGAGAGCAAAUGCAGUCAAAGAGACAAGCUGACCGUCCAACCCUGCAACGAAUUCCUCUGUCCGCAAUGGAAGACUGGAGACUGGUCUGAGUGCCUUGUGACGUGUGGGAAAGGCUAUAAGCAUCGUCAGACAUGGUGUCAGUUUGGUGAGGACCGUUUAGAUGACCGCUUAUGUGGCUCAUCUAAACCAGAGUCUGUGCAGACUUGCCAGCAGCAGGAGUGUGCCUCUUGGCAGGUUGGACCCUGGGGACAGUGCACUACCUCAUGUGGGCCAGGCUACCAGAUGCGAGCAGUGAAGUGUGUAGUUGGCUCUUAUGGUGCUGUCAUGGAUGACACUGAAUGUAAUGCUGCCACCCGACCCACUGACACCCAGGACUGUGAACUGGCCCAGUGUCCCAGCAACCAUCCUGUUCUCCCAGGGACCAAAGUCCCCUCCCACCAGAGCCACAAAACUCAGUGGAGAUUUGGUUCCUGGACCCAGUGUAGUGCCAGUUGUGGCAAAGGGACACGAAUGCGGUACGUGAGUUGCCGCGACAACCAGGGUGGUGUAGCAGAAGAGUCGGCGUGUGCCCACCUACCGAAACCCCCUGCUCGGGAAGUGUGUUCAGUAGUGGCCUGUGGACAGUGGAAGGUGCUGGAAUGGACAGUGUGCUCAGUAACCUGUGGUCAGGGGAAGACAACACGCCAGGUACUCUGCGUCAACUACAGUGACCUAGAAGUGAAUGUGAAUGAGUGUGACCAAGAUGAUCGUCCCACCACAGAGCAGGACUGUGCUAUGUCUCAGUGCCCCUCCCGCAGCAGUGAUUCCCGACCCUUCCCAUCCUCACCAAACACCGACACCAGGAACAACCUGCCACGCAGCCAAUCCCACCAAUGGCGGACUGGACCCUGGGGCGCGUGUUCUAGCACAUGUGCAGGAGGUUUCCAGCGGCGUGUCGUAGUGUGCCAGGAUGAGAAUGGGUACCCUGCCAAUAGCUGUGAGGACCGCAGCCGGCCCAGUGAGCAACGGUCCUGUGAGUCGGGGCCAUGUCCACAGUGGAUCUAUGGCAACUGGGGAGAGUGCACCAAGCCAUGUGGAGGUGGGAUAAAGACAAGGCUGGUCGUGUGUCAGCGUCCAAACGGGGAACGUUUCAAUGAUCUGAGCUGCGAAAUCCAUGACAAGCCACCAGAUCGUGAGCAGUGCAAUACUCAGCCAUGCCCAUCUAGCCCCCACUGGAGCACAGACCCAUGGAGCUCGUGCUCGGCCUCCUGUGGAAGAGGUUUGAAGUCCCGCAAGGUGAGCUGUGUGACUGGAUCAGGCCGUCCUGUCACAGAGGAAAACUGCCAGCCCUUGUCCCCCAAACCCAGCAAGCAGAGGCGCUGUCGGGGAGGACGAUGUACCAAGUGGAAGACUGGCAGCUGGGGAGAGUGUUCAGCAUCGUGUGGAGACGGUGUCCAGCGCCGGGACGUGUCCUGCCAGGUCGGAGGCCGACGGAGCGUGCAGGAGAGCGGCUGUUCUCAGCGGUCCAGACCGGCGUCCAGCCAGAGCUGCCGGGUCGCUGAUUGUCCCUCCCGGUACCGGUGGAGAGAAGGAGAGUGGCAGACGUGCAGUAAGUCGUGUGGGGCGGGCCACCGAAGACGAGCCCUGCAGUGUGUGGACCACAACCAGGAGGAGGUGCAUGAGAUCUACUGUGUGAACCAGAUCAGACCUCCAGACAUAGAGAGCUGUAACCCCCAGGCCUGUCAGUACAUCUGGAUCACAGGAGAGUGGACUGAGUGCUCAUCCAGCUGUGGCCAGGGCUACCGUCAGCGUCUGAUCUCCUGCAGCGAGGUGCAUGUGGAGAAUGACAACUACGAGUAUGGCCAUCAGUCUUUGUCCAACUGUCCGGGGACCCCUCCUGAGAGCUACAUGCCUUGUCAUCUGGACCCGUGCCCGCGUAUACAGGAGUGGCGGGUUGGAAUCUGGGGUCUGUGUUCAGUCAGCUGUGGUGAAGGAAUGAUGGAGAGGACAGUGCAAUGUGUUUCAGCGGAUGGCCAGCAGAGCAUUAAGUGUUCCCUAGGUGCCGUUCCAGAGGCCAGAAAAAUCUGCAGAAAUCCAAGCUGCAACUUCCCUUCCAGCUGUCUGGACGUCCAGAGCAUGAACGGCCCCCUUCCAGACAGUGAACAUGUUCUCAAUAUACAAGGAAAGUCAAUCAAGGUCUACUGUGCAGGAAUGCAGACAGAGGCUCCACAGGAGUACAUUUCCUUGACGACUGGAGAAGGAGAGAAUUUUUCAGAGAUAUUUGCCUUCAGGCUCAAUGACCCCACCCAGUGUCCAGCCAAUGGCUCAAGAAGAGAAGACUGUGACUGUCGGAGAGACUACACCGCCGCUGGUGUAACCACCUUCUCCAAAGUUCGCCUGGACCUCAGUAAUAUGAACAUCAUCACUACAGAUUGGCAGUUUGCUUUCACCCGGGAAGGCAAGAGGGUUCCCUUUGCCACAGCUGGAGACUGCUACAGUGGAGCUCGCUGUCCACAGGGACGCUUCAGGAUCAAUCUCUCAGGAACAGGCUUCAAGGUGGCUGAUGACGUCUCAUGGGUCUCCCAGGGCAACUAUGCAGUGGCUGAUGUACAAAAAUCACAGGAUGGCAGCAGAGUGUCAGGAAUGUGUGGCGGCUACUGUGGUAAAUGUACACCAUCAUCCGGCUCCAGUCUGCAUGUAACAGUGGAAAUGAUGUGACACCUUGCGGGUGCUUGCUGUGCCCGUGUUUCCCUCAUCUUUGGUGCUACAGACCCGUCCCUCACAUGACCUCUUUGAACUCUUGUGUAUGUAUAGUGUAAAUGAGUCUUGUGUAAGUACUGUACAUAGCAAUAUGAGAAUGUCUUAUUUAUUAUACCCUCCAUUUAUUUUUGUAUUAUAUAAUUUAACACUUUUGUUAUGUCUUUAGAUAUUUGCCAUUUGGACUUUUUAAUACUGUCAUUACUCCACACUCUAAGCCAUAUGUUGCUUUUGAGAUUAAUUCAGUUUGUUGUUUUUAUUCCGAUUAUGUCUGUAUGCAGGGAGAUGUCACUCAUCAAUGCUACUCUCUUGUUUUAUACAUGGCACAUGCUCAGAUACCUGGUCUAACCAUAGACUUGUUUAACACUGUGUGCAGUUGGGCAGCUCCAUUAGAAGACUGUUUGGUUUAGUGAAGCACUCACUUCUUUUAUUUUUGUAAAUGUCUUUCCAUUUCUAAGCUGUGGACGACUGGGCUGCAGCAAUCUGUGGAAGUCUAAGACACCUGGUGCCUCCCAAGAUAGAACAUCUUCUCAUCUUGGUUUACUAUUAGGAUGCUAUUUAUGUAGUCAAACAUAUUUAAAACUGGGUAUCAUAAACCAACUGGAUUGUUUAACUGCAACUGUAAGUCUUCAUUAAACUGGACAGCAGAGAGGACACAUUCUUAUGAUACAUCCAUCAGCAUCACUGUAACGUAUAAAUACGUUUAGAAAUGUUUAAAUAUCCAGUCAUUCUUUUUGGUUGAUUUGAAGAGCAAAAAAAAAAACAGAUGUAAGCUUUUUUUUAAGUAAGCAAACAGCCUGCGUGAUGAUACUGUAUCAAGUCAGGAAAGUCUUGUUGUGGACGUGUGGAAGUGGGAUCUACAGGUCAGACGUAGGGAGUAAGUGGGAUGUUUACUCACACACAAACACACUAGAACACUUUACUGGAUCAUAAGGAAAUGCUCUAGGCAACAUAAGCUGAAAAGAUUAAUCUGCGAGACAUCAGAGGGAACCACGUUCCUCUGUGUCUGUGCAUACCUCUCUGGUAGUGUGCAGUAACCAGAGGGGCCAUGAGCCUCUAGCUUUUACAGAGUAGACAUGGUAUCUUAUCUCGAGUAGCAUUAAAGACAGACUUCACCUUGGGGAAAAUCAAAUUCAAGCUGAUACACAGGAGAUAUAAUGCACUGGUCCAGCCCUGGAGACACCUCCAAAACUGCUCACAGGCACUGCAGUAGGAUUUCUGUCCAGCUGCUGCCUGAACACAGAAAUAUGAACUCCUGUACCUCACAUUUUUUUUCUCCAGCUUUGUUUUAAGAAUCGUCCUAAACUGUCCAUGUUGUGUUCACAAGUUUCCAGCUGUCUGGCUUUUUUUAUUUUUUUGUGACAAUAUCAGGGUACGUUUUUUGUUUGUACGUUAUAAAUGCAGUGUAGAGCAGAAACAAAUAAAACACUUCUUGAAGCCUUAACUGUGUAUAGGGUCAGAUAUUCAGGGUACAUACUGUAUGUAUGAACUCAUUAAGAAGCCAUAUUUUGUCCUAUUAUACUUUCUCUAUAUUGUGCUAUUACAGUGCCUGAUGUGAAAGUGUGCACACCUCAGCCAAAGGGAACAGUCGUAUGUGCCACUACACAAUGAUGACAUCAUUCUAAAGGUGGGGAAGGAAAGUAAUUGUGCCUUAACUGAAAAAUGCACUUCUCAUUGUGAAUGUCAAAACUUAAGUUCAGUCAAUAAAGUUCUCAGGUGUCAUAUAUGAAGGGACUAUUAUGUUAUUGAAGUUCAUGUUUUUUUGUAUUUUACACAUUUGUCUCAUGUUAAUCAAAUAGCUGAAUAUGUAUUAUUGAAUUUACACAAGAUGAACCGUCAUUAAAUGCUCUAUUUUAUAUGAACAUAUUUAUAUGAUGUUUUUUUGAUCUGUGACUGUACAUACAUUUGAUCAUAAAUCACUUCUAAUUACCAUAAAGUAUUACCAUAAAAUGAACUGGAUCGAAUUCCUGUUUUGUGAAUACUUUCAUUCAUAAGUUAUGACAUUGUAUAAGCAGUUUUGAUGCUGCUAAAAGCUUGUCCUUGACGUAUCGUGCUACAACACAGGCUCUUUUAAUCCUGAACACACAAUAGUAAGAUUUACGUGUAAUAUAUAAUUCUCCCUCCAC